AUGAGACACCACCAUCUGGACCCCGAUUACCGCGGCCUGCCCUUGGAUUUCUCCGACUCUGACUCCGAGAAAACACUCACCAUGGAAUCCGACGACGACAAAACAACGGACAUGGACAUCUCCGAGUCCGACCUGGCAUCCUCCGGCCUGGCAAUCCCCCGGAUGAAAUUCCCCAGCCGGGAACCUGCCGCCCUGGAACCCCCCGCCCUGGAAGACCCUGUGCAUCAGGAGGCGAUGAUGGUACCGUUCGUCUCCGGCCUCAGUCUCCUCAUCGAACGAGUCAAGUCCAAUAUGUUCAACUCGGCACGCCUCAUGUUGGCGGACGCCGAACAGUCGACACUCAGUGAGGAAAUCAUCAGAGUGACCAACCAAUACUCCACCCUCGAACACCAUCCAGCCUGGAUCGACAGGCUCACCAGGGGAUUCCGCCACCCGACACUGGCAUUGACCCUGAGCCUCGCACCGCACAUCUCCGAAAACGCCUGGACGUCUGGGGGCUGGGUACAACAGGUUCUAGAGCUUGUCAAACGUCGCAAAGAUAACGGUGUGGAGGAAUUUGGGGAACAAAUGCUCGAGCGAGAAGUCAUGGUCAUGCGGAAGCUGUAG